AUGAUAAAACAACACAGUGUUGAUCCUCCCACAGCAGGGCGUGUUGGGAAGAGGCCAAAGCAGGAGAAUGCACAGGAGCUGCAGGAGGCAGCAGUCCAGCUGCUGAACAGACACCAGAACCUCUCAGAUCUGUUUCUGGAAGUGGGGGUGAGUGAAUGAGUCCAGUCUAGACUGGGAUGGAGUCAGUGGACUGUGGUAGCAAGGGGCACUAUACAUAACAUUUUGUGCCCUAAAUUAGACGUGUCAGAUUUAGACAAGUUACUUACUUUAUCCUCUUCUAGAGUCCAAAUCCUUGCAAUUUCAUUCGCAAAGAGAACUCUGGACAGAAAAAUGCAGCCAGUGAAAGGCCGUCACCUACAAUUGGGGGUUCACUUCUGGGUGAGUUUUUAGGAUAUAUCCCCUCCAUGAAGGUAAAUACUCUCAAUGUGUCAGUGGUGUAUGUACUAGAAUGCUACACUGUGUGUGUGAGAUAAGUAUGUAGAAAUUGAAGUGAUCAGUGUGUCUGUGUCUUUUUUUCUUCAGUAAAUGAGUUGAGGAGGAAGGCUGGGGAGCUGGGGGUCCCGGUGGCAGCCCUGUCAGUGAAGAUGGUGGUAGAAAGACUGUUGGACCUGACCAAAAGAGACAGAGAGCAAGUGAUGCUCAACUCAACUCAAAGGGUUUGUGCUGGGAAUAAUGUCUGGAUAUGCAUCUACAGUCCCAGUCAAAAGUUUGGACACACCUACUCAUUCCAGGGUUUUUCUUUAUUUUUACUAUUUUCUACAUUGUAGAAUAAUAGUGAAGACAUCAACAUUAUGAAAUAACACAUGGAAUCAUGUAGUAACCAAAAAAGUGUUAAACAAAUUCUUCAAAGUAGCCACCCUUUCAUAAUGUAAAAAAAAAAAAAAAUCUGAACAUAGUUUAUUAGGUACACUACCCUGUUCAUGAAAAAGGAUCGCUCCUACAGACAGCGAGUCACGUGGCCGUGGCUUGCUAUAUAAAGCAGGCAGACAGACAUCGAUGCGUUCACUUACUGUUCGAUUGAAUGUUAGAAUGGGCAAAAGGAGUGACCUAAGCGACUUUGAGCGUGGUAUGAUCGUCAUUGCCAGGCGUGGCGGAUUCAAUAUCUCAGAAACAACCGCCCUCUUGGGCUUUUCGCCCACGACAGUGUCUAGGGUUUACAGAGAAUGGUGCGACAAACAAAAAACAUCCAGUCAGUGGCAGUCCUGUGGGCGAAAACAGCUUGUUGAUGAGAGGUCAAAGGAGAAUGGCAAGAAUCAUGCAAGCUGACAGGCGGUCCACAAACAGACAAAUAAGGGCGCAGUACAACAGUGGUGUGCAGAACGGCAUCUCGGAACGUUGAUUGUUGAUCCUUGCCACUGAUGGGCUAUUGCAGCAGACGACCACACUGGGUUCCGCUCCUAUCAGCUAAAAACAAGAAGAAGCAGCUCCAGUGGGCACACGAUCACCAACACUGGACAAUUAAGGAGUGGAAAAACAUUGGCUGGUCCGACAAAUCCCAGUUUCUGUUGCGUCAUGCUGAUGGCAGAGUCAAGAUUUGGCCUAAGCAGCAUGAGUCCAUGGACCCAUCCUUCCUGGUGUCAACGGUACAGGCUGGUGGUGUACUGGUGUGGGGAUUGUUUUCCUGGAACACGUUAGGUCCCUUGAUGCCAAUUUAGCACCGAUUGAACGCCACAGCGUAUCUGAGCAUUGUUGCUGACCAAACCCAAUAGAGCAGGGAUGGGCAACUUUGAUGGGGGUGGGUGCCACAAAAAAACUGAACUCAUCAUGAGGGGCCGCAGUGGCUCGUGGGUCUGCGUACCCACAUCCAUGGGGGGGCAUGGCAAAAUGAGUAGAAUUGCAUGAAAUUAGUUAUACAAUUGCAAAAUCUUCUCUCCGCCCCAUGGCAAUUCUGCACGUUUUGCCAUGGGGUGUAGAGAAAAUCGGACAGUUUUAAAGCAAGUUUGCUGCAAUUUUACACAUUUUACCAUGGGACGGAGAGAAGAUUUAGCAAUUUAUAACUCAUUUCAUGCAAUUUUACUCAUUUUGCCAUGGGGCGGAGAGAAACAUUUGCAGUCUUUAAUAUGAUAACUGAUGAUCAAUGGGCGGCCGUGCUUACUACAAGUUUAGAAAGCUGGCCGCUAGACUAACUUACCAAGAAAUAAAAAAUGGGUGUACCUAAUAAACUGUAUAUUGUAUGGAAAAGAGAUGUACAUUUCUUUUUACAAAUAACAAAUAAUUAAAGAGCAGCAGUAAAAUAACAGUAGCAAGGCUAUAUACAGGGUGUACCGGUACAGAGUCAAUGUGCGGGGCCACAGGUUAUUUGAGGUAAUUGAGGUAAUAUGUACAUGUAGGUAGAGUUAAAGUGACUAUGCAUAGAUAAUAAACAGAGAGUAGGAGCAUCAUGCCUGGUUGUGUUCAUGCCAUUAAAAGGUAAUACAUUUUUACAGUUAAAUGACAUGUACAGUGGGGAGAACAAGUAUUUGAUACACUGCCGAUUUUGUAGGUUUUCCUACUUACAAAGCAUGUAGAGGUCUGUAAUUUUUAUCAUAGGUACACUUCAACUGUGAGAAACAGAAUCUAAAAUCCAGAAAAUCACAUUGUAUGAUUUUUAAGUAAUUAAUUUGCAUUUUAUUGCAUGACAUAAGUAUUUGAUCACCUACCAACCAGUAAGAAAUUCCGGGUCUCACAGACCUGUUAGUUUUUCUUUAAGAAGCCCUCCUGUUCUCCACUCAUUACCUGUAUUAACUGCACCUGUUUGAACUCGUUACCUGUAUAAAAGACACCUGUCCACACACUCAAUCAAACAGACUCCAACCUCUCCACAAUGGCCAAGACCAGAGAGCUGUGUAAGGACAUCAGGGAUAAAAUUGUAGACCUACACAAGGCUGGGAUGGGCUACAGGACAAUAGGCAAGCAGCUUGGUGAGAAGGCAACAACUGUUGGCACAAUUAUUAGAAAAUGGAAGAAGUUCAAGAUGACGGUCAAUCACCCUCGGUCUGGGGCUCCAUGCAAGAUCUCACUUUGUGGGGCAUCAAUGAUCAUGAGGAAGGUGAGGGAUCAGCCCAGAACUACACGGCAGGACCUGGUCAAUGACCUGAAGAGAGAUGGGACCACAGUCUCAAAGAAAACCAUUAGUAACACACUACGUCAUCAUGGAUUAAAAUCCUGCAGCGCACGCAAGUCCCCCUGCUCAAGCCAACGCAUGUCCAGGCCCAUCUGAAGUUUGCCAAUGACCAUCUGGAUGAUCCAGAGGAGGAAUGGGAGAAGGUCAUGUCGUCUGAUGAGACAAAAAUAGAGCCUUUUGGUCUAAACUCCACUCGCCAUGUUUGGAGGAAGAAGAAGGAUGAGUACAACCCCAAGAACACCAUCCCAACCGUGAAGCAUGGAGGUGGAAACAUCAUUCUUUGGGAAUGCUUUUCUGCAAAGGGGACAGGACGACUGCACCGUAUUGAGGGGAGGAUGGAUGGGGCCAUGUAUCGCGAGAUCUUGGCCAACAACCUCCUUCCCUCAGUAAGAGCAUUGAAGAUGGGUCGUGGCUGGGUCUUCCAGCAUGACAACGACCCGAAACACACAGCCAGGGCAACUAAGGAGAAGCAUCUCAAGGUCCUGGAGUGGCCUAGCCAGUCUCCAGACCUGAACCCAAUAGAACAUCUUUGGAGGGAGCUGAAAGUCCGUAUUGCCCAGCGACAGCCCUGAAACCUGAAGGAUCUGGAGAAGGUCUGUAUGGAGGAGUGGGCCAAAAUCCCUGCUGCAAUGUGUGCAAACCUGGUCAAGACCUACAGGAAACGUAUGAUCUCUGCAAUUGCAAACAAAGGUUUCUGUACCAAAUAUUAAGUUCUGCUUUUCUGAUGUAUCAAAUACUUAUGUCAUGCAAUAAAAUGCAAAUGAAUUACUUAAAAAUCAUACAAUGUGAUUUUCUGGAUUUUUGAUUUAGAUUCCGUCUCACACAGUUGAAGUGUACCUAUGAUAAAAAUGACAGACCUCUACAUGCUUUGUAAGUAGGAAAACCUACAAAAUCGGCAGUGUAUCAAAUACUUGUUCUCCCCACUGUAUGUUACUAUUAGGCCCAUAAAAAUAAUUUGGUGGUCCCGUACCAGGAAGGAAUUACAUCUACUUUCACCCCUGCCUAUAGGACUAUUGUUUGAGAGGUUUUACAUAGCCUAUGCCUUUAUGAAUGUUCACUGCCCUCUGUCCAGGUCCAGCUCUCCGUGCUGUUCCAGUCAACCCGUGAGCUUCUCUCUCUUGAAGCCUUCUGCUCUAAACUCUUCUGGCAGGAGUACUGGAGGGAUCAGGUGAGUGUGUGCACACAGACCAGACUCUUGUCUUUAUACAGCCAAUGCCAUACCUUCGGGUUUUGGCAGUUUGAGCCUAUUGUAGAUGUUUCGUAUACCUGUUUGUGUGUACAUGACAGUAGCUACAGUUUGUUUCCAUGAACUUGUCCAGUGAUUUUGUUAUUUUUUGUAGACAUUUAGAAAGUUCGCAUAGAAAAUAGAUGCGACAAUUGCCUGUUACGGUACGUUUCCAUUUAUCUGUCUUGUGUCGAUUUAAAAACAUCUGGACGUAAUGAUGUCACACACGCAAAAAACUUUUUUGCAAAAACCUAGUUCACUGGAGUGUUGAAUAAAAAUGGUUGGUGUGUUUCCAAUAUCCAUUUAGGCAAAUUGCGCAUUAAGAAAUUGGUGACAGCCUGUAUGCCCUCCCACCUGUCUGAUUCAUGUCCCACAAAAGCCAGCAUGGAUAGAAUGCAAGAAUUGAUUUGCCAUAUUCUAAUAAUUCUCAUGUGCCAAAGUAUCGCCAUGGUCCGUGCCAUGGUGAAACUUGCAUCCAGAAAAGUAAGGCGAAGCAAUUCAUUCAAUCUUGAAAGUCAGGACAAUCCUUGUCCUGCAAAUAAACAUAAUUUUUAUAGUACCUUCAGAAUUAUAUACGAAAAUCAUAAUUUAUUUGAAAAACACUUUCCAUUAUUUGUCGCAAAUAAAGUUAGACACAAAAUAAAUCCACCCCUGGCAAACAAAUAAAUGUUGUCGAUCUUUAGAACAUUUCUCCUAUAGCUGCCGUUUCCAUUACACAUGUCGUAAUGUAAUGUAAUGUAAAUAAUUUUUUGUGACAUUGCUUUUGUCUAAUGAACCUGGGUCAUGGAAACCUGCCUAGUGACUUCCUUCCCUGAUCCUUGUGUAGAAACAGCCCAUGCUGGAGGUGGUGCACCACUUACACACUCAGAAUAUCCUCUCUCUGGAAUACAUGUUGGAAAGGUAUCUGACGUUCUAGCUAAUAGCUACACACUAUGUUAAACAAUGGAUGAGAUUCUGUGUGUUGUGGGAUUCAAAAGCAUUUCAGAUUGUGUUUCUAUCCCACAUAUCUAAUUUCAAUCUAUUAAUUGCUCUGCUAUUAAUCGAUUCAUAUUUCACACGGGCUCUUAUUGCAGUGAGAAUGGGGUGAGGUCAUGGUUGAUGUCUGAGUUGAGGGCUCUGUGUGGUAGGACAGCUACUGAGGAGGGAGAUGGAGUGCCUCAGCAGGUUCUCUCAAGUAAGCCUUUACAGUAGAGUUUCUCAUCCAUCAUGGUGAACCAAUACUAUGUAUACACAUCUAUUCUUAUCUGACAUUCACCUCACCUCAGUCUGCCUGUGUUGUGUCCAUGAUUCAGCUGUGGUAACUGUGUUGGUGCGAGCUGUUUUUGAGGAAACCCAGGACUCUGCAGCAGCACCAUGCAGGAGGCUCUCCCAGGUGUGCCGUUCAGUGCUGGAUGACAUGCUCUCCUGUGAGUAUACAAUCCCCCUCUCAUUGCAGCUCAAAGCUGCAUUCAAUAGACAGAGACUUUAUCUUGUCCAACUGCUAAGAUUCCUUUGUUAACCUUUGUGAUAUUAUGUUUGUCCAUUAUUUUUCAGGGGUACUGGAUACUUUGGAUAGCAAGCAGACCCUGCAGUCUGGUGAAACAGCAGCUGAAUUAUGGUAAAGGGGAAAAGGCUGCUAACCAAACUGAAUUAUAGAACAGGCAUAAUAAUCCAUAUUCACUCUUUUAUGUCUCUCUUUCUGUUUGAAAAGGGUACAGAUGUUUGACGCUUCCUUGUGUGGUGUGUCUGUAUCACCUGAUGCACUGCGCCGUUUCUUCACCCACUCUCUGACACACACUCUCACCUACAGACCUAGACUCAAAGGUAAGAUCACAUAACAUAUUAUCAUUGACAUAUCUCUUUUAAUAUAGGUUCUCUUGUAAAACAGCUACAUAUGUUGUCAAGUUCUAUCUCAUCCUGUCAUCUGAGUAUUCUCCUCGACCUGUAUUGUCUGUAGUAUCUGAUGCCAUUGCCAUGCAACGAGAGUGGGGCUUUGCUAAAACCUGCAGACUGUUGAGCUCCUUGUUUCGUAAGGUAAAUGACUUGUGCUUUGCUCUACUCUGUUCUAAAGAAACAUCUAAAUACCUUUAUACAUCUAUAAAUAGAUUAACCUGUCUGGUUAAUUUGAGCUGCUCUUCAAAAUAUGUAUUUUCUUAUGUAGUUGUUUGUGUGGGUGUGACUGAACAUAUACAUCAGAAAGGGAAUGAUAAUAUCCCUGUGGGUGUGAUUUAUGACAUGGUGUUUUAGGGGACAUUGUGAUCUUGUGUGAAAGUACAAUAGGAUGUGUUGAUUGUAUUAUCUACAUUGACAUACUAUUGACGUUUGAAACAUGUACCAUUUCCUUUGUGAAUUUGCCCAAAGUGUGGGAAUGCUGGAUACAAGGAUAAGGCGAACAAAUUAUAUAUUUAAAGGUUUAUUAGACAAACAGACAGACAUAUGCAUAUGAGGUUUGUAGUAAUCUGCCAACCUACUCAAGGGCAGGCAUAAAUACUCUUGCUUAUCUGUUUGUUCUCCAAGUGUUCCAGGCCCCUUGCCUGAUGACUCAAACUGAAUUAUUCUGCUGCUCUAUGUUCGCUACAUACAGUGCCUUCAGAGAGUAUUCACACCCCAUGACUUUUUCCACAUUUUGAUGUUACAGCCUGAAUUUAAAAUUGAUUAAAUAUAGAUUUUUUUGUCUCUGGCCUACACACAAUAACUAAUAAUGUCAAAGUGGAUUUAUGUUUUUGGAAUUGUUUACAAAUUCUUAAAAAAUGAAAAGCUGAAAUGUCUUGAGUCAAGUAUUCAACCCCUUUUAUUAUGGCAAGCCUAAAUAAGUUCCAGAGUAAAAAUGUGCUUAACAAAUCUGAUAAUAAGUUGCAAGGCCUCACUCACUGUGUGCAAUAAGUGUUUAACAUGAUUAUUGAAUGACUAACUAAUCUCUGUACCCCACACAUACAAUUCUCUGUAAGGGCGAUCAGUGAAUUUCAAACACAGAUUCAACCACAAAGAACAAGGAAGUUUUCUAAUGCCUCACAAAGAAGGGCACCUAUUGGUAGAUGGGUAAAAAAACAAAAAAAAAACAGACAUUGAAUAUCCCUUUGAGCAUGGUGAAGUUAUUAAUUACACUUUGGAUGGCGUAUCAAUACACCCAGUCACUACAAAGAUACAGGCGUCCUUCCUAACUCAGUUGCUGGAGAGGAAGGAAACCGCUCAGGGAUUUCACCACGAGGCCAAUGGUGACUUUAAAACAGUUAGAAUUUAAUGGCUGUGAUAGGAGAUAACUGAGGAUGAAUCAAACAACAUUGUAGUUACUCCACAAUGCUAACAUAAAUGACAGAGUGAAAAGAAGGCUGUACAGAAUAUAAAUAUUCAAAUAUAUGCAUUCUGUUGGCAUCAAGGCACUAAAGUAAUACUGCCAAAAAUGUGGCAAAGCAAUUAGCUUUUUGUCCUGAAUACGAAGUGUUGUGUUUGGGUUAAAUCCAUCACAACACAUUACUGAGUACCACUCUCCAUAUUAUCAAACAUAGUGGUGGCUGCAUCAUGUUAUGGGUAUGCUUGUAAUCGUUAAGAACUGGGGAGUUUUUCAGGAUAAAAAAGAAACUGAAUGGAGCUAAGCACAGGCAAAAUCGUGGUCUACGGUUGUGAGGCCGGUUGGGCGUACUGCCAAAUUCUCGAAAACAACGUUGGAGGUGGCUUAUGGUAGAGAAAUUAACAUUAAAUGAUCUGGCAACAGCUCUGGUGGACGUUCCUGCAGUCAGCAUGCCAAUUGCACGGCCCCUUAAAACUUGAGACAUCUGCGUCAUUGUGUUGUGUCAAUACUACACAUUUUAGAGUGGCCUUUUAUUGUCCCCAGCACAAGGUGCACCUGUGUAAUGGUCAUGCUGUUUAAUCAGCUUCUUGAUAUGCCACACCUGUCGGGUGGAUGGAUUAUCUUGACAAUGGAUAAAAUGCUCACUAACAGGGAUGUAAACUAAUUUGUGCAUAACAUUUGAGAGAAAUACGAUUUUGUGCAUAUCUCUGGGAUCUUUUAUUUCAGCUCAUGAAACAUGGGACCAACACUUUACAUGUUGCGUUUAUAGUUUUGUUCAGUACAUUUCAAUUGACUAAUCUGCUUAUAUGAACUGUAACUCAGUAAAAUCUUUGAAAUUGUUGCAUGUUGCGUUUAUAUUUUUGUUCAGUGUGUUUUAUUUUACAAAUGUUAGAUUUUUUCUUCCACUUUGACAGAAUUAUUGUGUUGUGUAGAUUGUUGACAAAAAAUGUACAUUCAAUCCAUUUUAAUCCCACUUUGUAACACGGCAAAAUGUAGAAAAGCUCAAGGGGUGUGAAUACUCUCUGAAGGCACUGUACUUCAAUCUGAGACUGCCGUCAUUGAAGUCGUUUGUGGUGAUGUGAAAAUGAGGUGUGUUGUACAAAACAAAGUAAUCAGCCAUAAGAUCAUUUCUAACCAAUAAGAGUAUCAAAGUCAAAAUGUGUGUUCAGGCUCUGGCCCAACUCAUCGGUUUCUGGGACCAGUGGCAACGGUUAGAAUGUGUUUGUGUUCUAGAAAUUAUCGGAAGGUCCUCAGAUCCAGACUCAUUGCGGAGAAGAAACGAACGUCCGUGGGUGUGGCUUAGCGUUUGGCCAGAGCAGGGAGUUUGGGGAGCCAGGCAACCCCUGGUCAAAACAUUAUUCAAGGUUGUCGAGACCACUUGGGUCAGAGUGAGCCGUAUAUUAGAUGUCUCUAUCAUUUGACACCACCGAUGACAGAAUUUACAGCCAUUUGCCCAUGGUCUCAGGGAGAUCACCUAGAGGUCACCUAGGAUACCAGGUUCUGCUUUAUGGUAACUCCUAACCUCUUGGAAGUCACUCAGGGGCUGAGUUCAGAUUUAAGAUGGGGCAAUAAUUUAGAUCUUCUUAACAUAACCUAUGAAAGCAAUUCCUUUUCAUGGCUCCAAUCCAUUUAGUAAUUGACCUGUAAAACCGGUCUAUAGAAUAACAAGUGUAAACCUUAUAUUGGAGAGUUGUGAAGUGACUGUCUCUGUGGUGUAAUACAACAUCCAGCCCUUUCUCUUUGUCUUUGUCCUAGUUGUCAGUGAUAUUCAAGGUAGAUGAGCUUCUCUCUCACCUGCAGCAAGUACUGGAGACUCAUGAGGUUAACUGGCAGCAUGUGCUCUCCUGUCUCUCCACCCUGCUGGUGUACAAUCCAAACGCCCAGCCUAGCCUAAAAGGUACACACAAUUCAAAUCAAAAUCAAAGUUUAUUCAUCACGUGCACAGGAUACAGUGGGUGUAAAUGGUACACUGAAAUGCUUACAAGCAGCUCUUCCUUAAUAGUGCAGAAUAAAUGUAAAGUAGCAGCGCACACACACACUUAAUUAUUUCCAACAACACUUGUAUGACAUUUAUCUUUCUCUGUACCUCAGAGCUGCUGUCCAGGCUCCUAAGCUCAGCGUUUGAGGGGUAUGACUUGGAGAACAUGAUCACAGCCUUCCUCCUGGCCCGUCAGGGUGCGCUUGAAGGGCCUGGUGUUUUCCCCUCCUACAGCGAGUGGUUUAAGGCAAGUCCCCUCAGAGCUUAGUCAGUGGCUACUAGAAUAUAAUUUAAUGGUCCCUUCCUUAUGUUUGUCUCUUUCCAAUAGUUGGCUUCUCUCCUGUCUUCCUAGAUGUCUUUCGGCGGUGCUAGCAGUUACCACGGCAACAGUAAGAAGUCUUUGGUGUUCCUGCUAAAGUUCCUGUCGGACCUGGUGCCCUUUGACCCCCCACAGUACCUGAAGGUCAGGUGACAGACACUGUUUGGCUCUACUUUAACACUUUACUGCUGGACUGGGCCUAAGUCUAAGUGGUUCUGACGGCUAAUGUCUCUGGAUGGUCUGGUCUCUCAGGUCCACAUCCUCCAUCCGCCCUACGUGGCAGUGAAACACCGGGCCCUACUGCAGGAGUAUGUAUCCCUGACCAAGACCAGACUGGCUGACCUGAAGGUAGGGCCUAGAGUCACUGAACCAGUAUUUGAUGGUAUUGAUGGUACAUAGACAGGCUGAGCGACAUAAUACAGUUAUUACAAUGUAACUAACUCGGACUGGUUGACGUGCCAUACCACAAAUCCUCUCAUCAUGCAGCCAAUUCAUCUACUCUCCUCCAGUUGUAUAAACAGGGUCGCCAUGUCUCUGUCUGCAGGUCUCAAUCGAGGAGAUGGGCCUUUAUGAGGAUAUCUCUGGAGCAGGAGCCUCAGUGCAGGUUAGAGUGCCUUCUGCUGGUUGUUUAUGUAUUUGUGUACUGUCCCUUUUCAGUGAAUGUUUUUUAUGUGCUCAUGACUGUGUGUAUCACUCUGUGUCUGUAUCUGUUCAAUCUGCCUUCUCAGCCCCAGUGUCAGGCACGUCAGGAUGUGGAGAAGGCAAUCUCGUUGUUUGGGAGCACAGGAAGGAUAUCUGCCACAGUCAUGGAGGCUAGGUACCCUACAAAUACACCACCAGCAUAACUUUCACAAAUCACCUAUUGAGAUCAAUGUACUGCAUGACCUACUUAUCCUGUUGUGUCCUACACUUUCUUUUUAUGUUUUACCACACUCAUACUCUUUUCCUACUCCAGCAUUUUCAGAAGGCCUUAUUUCCUGACUCGUUUCCUCCCUGCCCUCCUAUCCCCACGUGUGGUAAGUCUUAUGCUCUCUUGCUUUAGAUUGACUGAAUGGUGUGUUUACAUGGUCUGUCCAAUAUUGUAUUCUUUGUCUCGGCCCAUUUCAGCUUCCUGUGAAGCCUGAUGACAGGAUGAAUUUCAUAGAUUCACUCAAAAAGUAUGUUCUGGCAUUCAGACUCAGCCAUACAACCACUCACCACACAGUUUUCUGUCAUCUCUUUGAAACUGAUACAGAUGUUUUUUGUAUGUUGAUUCCAGUUGUUUGUUGUUCAAAUGGUUUUCUGUUGUCUACUAGAGCGGAAAAGAUCCCAGCUGCCCAGCACUCCUCCUACAUAGAGUCCUGUCAGAGAGAGAGACAGAGGCAACAGGACAGUGUGUACCAUCACAUUAUACCAUGUUUAACACCCUACGCAUUUUAAUAUAAUCAUAUAUUUAAUAUUAGCUUAUUCCACACUAAGCACCACUGUAGUCAUAUAUCUCUGUGCUUUUGUCCAUGAUUGAAGAGCUCUGUUUUACCUGUGGGUUAUCAGGUAAAGGAGUCUCUGUGGGGAAUGAUGAUGAUAACCCGCAGGAGGUUCUACAGGUCCAACUACAGGAACAUAGAGCCCUGCUAACAGAGGGGGGCAGUGAUGGAGGUGAGCAGACUGCAACACACACACAUACACACACACACAUCAAACCAAACCAAACCAGUCUUAUUGUCUCUGACUUUACAGAGGUGUCAGCCCAGCUGGCCAGGAUCUCGCACACUCUGAGUAUUGUGUUCCCUGAACGUGCUGAGGAACUAGUUGGCCAGGCAGUCAUCAAGCUUCAUGUAGAUGAGUCUACUUUCCCUGAGCUGCACAAUAAAGUAGGAAGGAAUGCGAGGAACUUCUGUAUUUCUCUCUUUCUUCUGCUGUUUUCCCUCUGCUCUGUCUCACCUUUUCGUUUCCUACUCUAUUUGUCUGUCUGUCUGUCUAGUUAUUUGUGCUGGCCACACUCUCUGUCUCUCACACUGUCCUGUCUUUGUUCAGGUGGUGAACAUGAUCCUGAGGAGCUUCUGCCAGAGCCUUUUGGAUGCCUCCAGAAUAAGCCCACCAAAUAAGUGAGGAACUAAUCAUGUCACUCAGUAAAAACCUGAAAGAUGUAUGGAAGAGUGAGAUUUGAAGAAAAAUUAUACAGAAUCGUCCCCCAUUUUUGUUUUGUUUAUCUGCACAUUGUCGUGUAUAUUAUAUGUGCUUCUUAAAGGCGGUGCGUGGUCAAUCCGACGUCUGCAUUGGCCGUGCAACAUUUGCGGUGAUACGGCCUCUGCAGAAGUCAGGGCAUUCAUACUUUUUGCGCUUCGCGGAGCAGUACAGAGCUGUUAUGAAGGAAGUUGUCAAGGAAGUGAGUUUGUGUUUAUACAGGACCUCCUGCCCCCACCUACCGUCAACCAAUCAUGACAAUGCAGAGCUAUAUGGAGCCCUCCGCAUUGUUAAAACAUUUGGGAGGCGCACCGUGAUGCGGUACGGAGCUCAAUUUGGCCUCUGCAUGCCUCCGGAGGCUCUGCAAUUGUGUCACACACUCCAUACGGAGUCUCCAAACACAUUUUCAGAUCAAGCAUAAAUUGGCUCUUAUCCUCCACCACUGAAACGCACGUCAGCAUUAAACUGCACUCUCAUUUGAGUUUAAUGUGAUCUGUGACCCAAGACAGAGCCCCUGGGCAUCCCCGUUUGUCAACAUCCUGCUGGGACACAGACAGCUGCUCACUGCCCUCCUGCAUCGCAUGUGGGACCUGCUCCACAACCAGGUAUCCAUCUCUCUUUCUCUCUCAUAAAUGUUUUAAUGCGUCUUUCUUUCUCUCGCUCUCCUUUUUACCUCUUUCUUACCCCCCUCCCCUUCUCUCUGCCCUUUUUCUAACUACAGUCAUCUUCUAUCCUUUUCUAUAGGGGGCAUCAUUGAGUGCUGCACAUGUACUUGGACUGGCAGCGUUUGUUGUGCACCUUCAUGCCUCCCAGGCCCAGUGCCCCCAGGUGCAGCUGUGCCCUCCCCUGCUGCCCGGCCCUGUGUCAGUACCAGAGGCACUGACCACUGCUCUGCCCUGCACCACCCAAACCAACAUGCUCUUCUGUGUUAGGUGGGUGAGACUGGAGAGGGACCUUCAGCAUCUAGGAUUACAUGAUGAUAAUUAUACAGUGUAUUGUAAACCAAAAGGCACAGUUAACUUUAGUUCAAUAGGACAGUGUUAUCAGAAUAUUUAUUUAUGUGGACAGCUUUGUUUUUGUUUGCCAGGUUCUGCGUGGCUGCAGUUUGCUAUGGUCUCUGCAGGAGUGAGUCACUGUGUGAACAGCCGCAGCAGCAGCAGUAUAAUCCCUGCGGCCUCUAUAAAAAGGUAUGCACGUUAUUCUCCCAGUGUCACUGAAAUUAUGCUCUCUCUUAUCACCCAGCCACACUCUGAGAUGCCCUUUAUGCAAGCAGCAGGGGGCUGGUAUUUUAGCAGAAUGUCACAUACAGUUGGCCUACAGUUGUACCUCUCUGCUUGACUGCACAGAUCCAUGUCCUGCCUAUUCCUGAGUGUGUGUUUUGUAUUUGGUAUUUGUAGCUGCUGUACCUAAUUCCCAGACUAAUGCCAGAUGUGAGGAGGUUGCCCAUUGAAGCGAGUGGGGAAUCUGAGUAUGUGGGGGCAGACAAACAGGGUGAGGAGGAGAAUUGUGGGUUGUGGAAGAACGUUACUGACACAAAUACGACCUGGAGGAAGUCAGCCUGGGCGCUAUGGAAACACGCCCCCUUCCGUCUCUUAGUAAAAUUCCCAGAAUACCAGGUGAGGAAAACUGUCUAAACAUUGGCUUAAAGCUCCACCAGCCUUCUCAGCACAUUGACAUGUCUGCUUCUCAUUUACUUGGAGACGUUCUAAUUUCUUCUUUGUCUAGUUCUCAUUUUCAGAGUGGCUGGCAGCUGAACUCAGAGUUCAGAGGAGUGAGGAUGCCCUGUCUGACCCAGAUAGGUGAAGAACAUGCCUAAAUAAGCUGUGCACACACACACACACACAUUCAUAUAAAAGUUUCAGUAUAUGUUGAUGUGUUUUUGGUAUUUUAUUAGGGUCCCCAUUAGCUGUUGCGAAAGCAGCAGCUACUCUUCCUGGGGUCCACAUGAAAAAUUACAUAAUACAUAAUAUUAAUAGACAAGAACACCUCAAGGACAGAACUAAAUACAUUUAAGAACGGCACACAGCCUACAUAUCAAUACAUAGACACAAAAUACACUACAUGACCAAAAGCAUGUGGACACCUGCUCGUCGAACAUCUAAUUUCAAGAUCAUGGGCAUUAAUAUGGAGUUGGUCCCCCCUUUUGCAGCUAUAACAGCCUCAACUCUUCUGGGAAGGCUUUCCACUAGAUGUUGGAACAUUGCUGCGGGUACUUGCUUCCAUUCAGUCACGAGCAUUAGUGAGGUCGGGCACUGAUGUUGGGUGAUUAGGCCUGGCUCGCAGUCGGCGUUCCAAUUCAUCCCAAAGGUGUUCGAUGGGGUUGAGGUCAGGGCUCUGUGCAGGCUAGUCAAGUUCUUCCCCAAACUGUUGCCACAAAGUUGGAAGCACAGAAUUGUCUAGAAUGUCAUUGUAUGCUGUAGCGUUAAGAUUUCCCUUCACUGGAACUAAGGGGCCUAGCCCGAACCAUGAAAAACAGCCCCAGACCAUUGCCGCCAAAAAGUGUGUUUUAUCACUCCAGAGAACACGUUUCCACUGCUCCAGAGUCCAAUGGCAGCAAGCUUUACACCACUCCAACCGACGCUUGGCAUUGCACAUGGUGAUCUUUGGCUUGUGUGCGGCUGCUCGGCCAUGAAAACCCAUUUCAUGAAGCUCCCGACGAAAAGUUAUUGUGCUCACGUUGCUUCCAGAGGCAGUGAGUGUUGCAACCGAGGACAGACGAUUUUUACGCGCUUCAGCACUCGGCGGUCCCGUUCUGUGAGCUUGUGUGUUCUACCACUUCGCGGCUGAGUAGUUGUUGCUCCUAGACGUUUCCACUUCACAAUAACAGCACUUACAGUUGACCGGGGCAGCUCUAGCAGGGCAGAAAUUUUACGAACAGACUUGUUGGAAAUGUGGCAUCCUAUGACGGUGCCACGUUGAAAGUCACAGCUCUUCAGUAAGGCCAUUAUACUGCCAAUGUUUGUCUAUGGAGAUUGCAUGGCUGUGUGCUCAAUUUUAUACACCUGUCAGCAACGGGGAGGUUAAGGAAUGAUUUGUACCAAAUACAAUGCUCUUAGUUUUAGAGAUGUUCAGGACCAGUUUAUUACUGUCCACCCAUUGCAGAACUGACUGCAACUCCUUUUUGAGAGUUUCAGUGACUUCAUUAGCUGUGGAUGCCAACACAUAUAUGGUUGAAUAAUCAGCAUACAUGGACACAAAGGAUUUGUUUAAUGUCAGUGGCAGGUCAUUGGUAAAAAUAGACAAGAGUAGAGAGCCUAGUGAGCUGCCCUGCGGUACACCACACCCUACAUGUUUGACAUUAGAGAAGCCUCCAUUAAUGAAAGCCCUCUGAGUUAUAUUAGCUAGAUAGCUCUGAAUCCACAUGGUUGAAAAGCCAUAAAACAUAAGCUUUCUCAACAACAGGUUAUGGUCAAUAAUAUCAAAGGCUGCACUGAAAUCUAACAGUACAGCUCCCACAAUCUUCUUACUAUCAAUUUCUUUCAAACAAUCAUCAGUCAUUUGUGUCAUUGCAGUACAUGUUGAGUGCCCUUCUCAAUAAGCAUGCUGCAAGUCUGUUGUCAAUUAGUUUACAGAGAAAUAGCAUUGUAUUUGGUCAAACACAAUUUUUUUCCAACAGUUUGCCAGAGAACUGGCAGCAAGCUGAUACGUUUGCUGUUAGAACCAGUAAAGGCCGCUUUACCACUCUUGGGUAGCGGAAUGAUUUUGGUUUUCCUCCAGGCCUGAGGACAAACACUUUCCUCUAGACUCAGAUUAAAGAUAUGACAGAUAGGAGUGGCCAGCGUCAGCUACCAUCCUCAGGAGUUUUCCAUCUAAUUUGUCAAUGCCAGGAGGUUUGUCAUUAUUGAUCGAAAACAAUAAUGUUGCGUACUGGUAUGUAACAGAGCCUGCGUGUGUAUCAGACAGGAGUAUCAGCAGUGGGCGUGUCAGCAGCUAUACCUGCCGUCUCCUGUGGACCAGGGGGGCUGUGCAGGAGACAUAAGGAAAGUCUGCUCCCAUAUUUUCAACGCUGUCAUGGACCAGCAGACAGUAUGGUCAGUAUGAUUUUGGCUUAUGGCCACCUGCACCUCAGAUCAUCCUGAUUAUUUGAAUAAUAGACAUGGUUGAGUUGUUUAGUCUGUAUCUCCUCUCUUUGUGUCCUAAGUGCUCAGACCCAGGAGAACACUGAUCACAGACCCUCGGUGGCAGGCACCUGUCUCCCAGACAUUCUGUCCAGACUUCAGGUACAGUACACAGGCCUUUUGAUUGAUUUAUAUGUUUGUUUCUGUAUAUGAUUCCUGUUAAUGUUUGCACUGAUGUUUGCACCGUGGUCCUCUGUAGCUCAGCUGGUAGAGCACGGCGCUUGUAACGCCAAGGUAGUGGGUUCGAUCUCCGGGACCACCCAUACACAAAAAUGUAUGCACGCAUGACUGUAAAUCGCUUUGGAUAAAAGCGUCUGCUAAAUGGCAUGUUAUUAUUAUUAUUAUGUUCCUGUGUGUGUGUAUGUGCCCUUUGUCUUUAUAGGAGAUUGUCUAUGAGAUGGAGCUCACUAGUCGCUCUCAAAGGACUCAAGAUAAGAAUGGACAUUUCCUAUUGGAUCUGAUUUCACAUAGAUGCUCUGUGACCUCUGACCUGCAGAGUAUCAGCAGUGAGCUUAGCCUUCAGCAAACACUACAUACAUGGAACAGGUAAUGUACUGACACACAUACACAUCCUCUAUACAAGGGCUGUGGCGGUCAUUAAAUUGUCAGCCGGUUAUUGUCAUGCAAAAGACUGCCGGUCCCACUGUAAUUGACCGUUAAUUAGCAUAAACAUGUUUAGCAUCUCCAGGCCUCCACGCAUACAAGCCGCUGAUGCACACUUUUGUAACAUCUACAUUUUAAAAAAAGUAUAAUAACUACAUUUAAUAUACACCAUCACAAUAAAUCCAUUACUUUUUUUACGCAGGUUUUAGAAACACGACAUGAAGAAAAUGUAUUUCAGAAGAACCGAAUAUGAGUUGGCCUACUAUAUGUUAUCUGGCUAUGCGUCCUGCUGUAGGCUUGUUAAUUUAGCAGACAAGAUAUGCUUAAGUCCUGUGCCAUUAUUUUAUAUUAUGAUAUUAUAGUAAGAAGAAUAUAAUUGAACUUAGAUGAAUAAAAUAGAAAGGCAAUUUUUCCCAUUCCGGAGCGAUUGCGCAUAUGAAGUGGCUAUGUUGAGUGUAAAAGUGAUAAUUUGAAACCGGUCCUAUACGCUCAAUUUAGAGUUAUUUGGCAACUUUAAUCUCGUCUUUACUAAUAUGUCAAAUUUGUUUCGAUUUAGAAUGGCCCAUUAUCAAAUGGGCAGGAACGGGAAAAAAUACAUGCACUCGAAAGCAAAUGGAGGCCGCUUUCUCGUCGGUUUGUUUUUCAAUCAUGCCCGGUAGGCUACUCUGGUGAUUUCACCCCACAUAUCAACCACUGUUUGAGGAGCAUGCAGCCUCUCGCGAUAUUUCGCCCAAACUCUGUAUGCCAUGGGCUCUCCAACCCUGUCCCUGCAGCUACCCAGUGCUUAAUUUGUCUGGAAGAGCUGAGGUGAGAGACCAGAGUCAAAUCUGUUCGGGAACAUCAAUAGUAACAUGUUUUCACAAGGAAACGUAUUUCAAUAAACUGUUGACAACUCCUCUCUGCGCGCUGGAGAAAGGAAUAAAUGAAAGAGGGGAGGAGAUGGAAACUCACUGUGGUGAGAUAUUCUGUAGCUAAAGGUAAUGUCAGCCUAUUAAUUAUGAAAAUAUAAACAUUCCAUAUUACUAGGCUAUUCAAAAUAAAAUACAAAUGCACUAUAAUUGUAGGCUAAAUCUGUAAGCCGCCCGGCUAGACCAAUUAUGUACCAAAUAGAUCUUAAAUAUUUUUUUUCUAAAUGUUUUUCGGCCGUGCCUAUCUGUUGUAUAACAGCACAAUCAUUAUUUUAAUUCAGGUUAAUUUUUUUUGGGCUUGGGCUCAUGUAUAGGCCUAUGCGUAUUUAUAAGCUCUAAUAUGCGUAUUUAUAAGCUCUAAUAUGCAUAUGGGUGUUUUGAAUUAAUCAUCACUUUAGAAAGAAAGCGCUGUCCAUUUCGUUGUUAGCCUUUGAAACAACAUAGACAAUGACCAUGUUUUCCACUCAGUUUCAACGUGUUGUUGAACAUCACUCUUCAAAUUGAUCAAUCAGAGUGAGGUGUUUUUAAAAGCACAGUAGUCAUGAGUCUAGGUGGGUCUGAGGACUGCUCUACACCAGUGUGAAAGUGUGUGUGUAUUAACUUAACAAAACGUGUGUUUGUGUAUCAUAGGGUUAUACUGGCACUCCCUGCAGUCAUGUUGGUUACAGUGAAGACUGGAGGAGGGAAGAGGACUCUGGACUGUGAGACCCUCAUGGAACAUAUCAACCAGUAUCAGGUAUGCCACAAUGGGGGUUGAGAGAGGGAUGCAGGGAGAGGGGGAUGGAGUAUGACAGAACGUGGUGAUUUAAGAUUUAGAUGAAUUAAUCAUUAAUUCAAGCUAAUGUAUUGUAGCUACAGUCUGUGUGAAUCAAUCCAUAGUUCACUUCUCAUCUUGACCAAACCUGUAGAAGUCGAGAUCUGUUUUACAGAAACCACCUACUAUAGAUGCGUUUUCCCAGAUUUGAUCAUUAUCGUUAUACAGUAUCUCUUUGUGUAUCAGAGGAAGGGCUGCUCCCCAGCUGGACUGCUGCCCUACCACCUCACAGCACACUUCUUAAAAGUAAGUUCCACUCACAGAUUAUUAACUGUACUGCUAUAGACCUGGGUAGACGGUGUUAACAACAUAUUGUGAUAUUUGUGGUAUGAAAUGUCAUUGUCUCCCCUCUCAUAGGCUGUGCUCAUGGCCAGUGUGAGCUGUGACUGUCCAUCAGGAGAAGUGAACAAGGCCAUGUCCCUGAUCAGUCUUCAAUGUCCACUGCUCCUCGUCUCUGCCGGGGUACCGUACAUUAUACUAACAGGAUCACGUCUGAUUUAUUAAUCUGAGAGUUUUAACGUAUGAUGCCGACUGAGUGUAAUUUGUGUGUGUUGGGCAGCACUGGUGGGGCCGUCUCUCCCCUGUAUUGGUGUCUCUCUGGCAUCGCCUCACUGACGGACAGCCCCUGCCUCAGCAGCUGCAGGUCCUGGCUGAUUGUCACUUGUGGGUCUGCAGGUAAAACAGGAUAAUGCGUACAUGCCUGUGUAUAUAGAGAGCAUUUACUGAUAAUACUGUUUUACAAACUAAAUAUAUGAUUGAUUGUGUUCUUUGUCCUGUCUCCUUGGCAGUUCAAAGAAUGGGGUGUCAUGCCCUGUCCCCUCUGCCCCGCCCCUGCUCCUGGCAGCUUGUCUGCACUGUGUAUGGGAAGGCCAGGGGAGUGGCCAGGUCAUCAGGACAAGCCUGGAGAUGUUGGGACAGCUGACAGAGCAGCACAGACAGGUAAGGACACUUCUCUUCUCUAUCACAAAGUGUUUCAAACUCAACCUAGAUGUUUGUUCAAAAGGUUCACUAGCCAUGUUUGUAAGCCCCAAUUGAGAAAAUCUAUUUCACAGCACUUAAAGGAGGUCAAAGUACACUGAAAAAAAAUCCCCAUUUACGUAGGUUUCUUGGGAUAUAUAGGUUUCUUGGAAUAUAUUCUUGGAAUGUAUUGUUAGUUGUGACUCAUUAGUAAAACACUGACACUCACAUGCUCAUAACUAACCUUUGGCCUCACACAAACACAGUUUCUAAUUCAUGAUUUAGGAGUAGAGACACUCAGAUGAUUAGGGAAUUAACUUAGCAGUUUUCUAUUAGAGACGUGAUCAUUGUCACGAGACUCCAUUUUGUCAUUAUAGUAGACACCAGGGAAACUGCCAUGUAACCUCAACUAAUUUGUGCUGCCAUUUGUCCCCAGCUGCUGGUGUUUCUGCUGUUCCUCUGUGUGACCGACCUCCUCACAACUUUUCUCACGCCCCAGGUACAUUUACAUUUUAGUCAUUUAGCAGACGCUCUUAUCCAGAGCGACUUACGGUUAGUGCAUUCAUCUUAAGAAAGCUAGGUGAGACAACAGUCAUAGUAAGUAACAUUUUUCGUCAAUAAAGUAGUUAUUAGCAAAGUCAGUGCUAGUAGGAAAAGACAAGUACAAGUUUUUUGUGGGGGGGGUUGCUGUGGGAUUUAGUCAAGAUACUGAAGAGGUGGGUUUCGGAAGAUGGGUAGGGACUCGGCUGUCCUGACAUUAGGGGGAAGCUUGUUACACCAUUGGGGUACAUCAUUCCUACACCUUAAGGCCAGAAGUUUUUCCUGGCUAGGGCACAUGGUCAGGGAACUCCUAGCCCAGGGGUUCCCAAACUUUAUGGGCCCGCGACCCCAUUUUGAUAUUAUACUUUCUUUUGACCCCACCAUGUAAAAAAACUUUUGUAAUCAACGGCCAAUGUUUACUUUUUUAAUUGGGGCUAUGACAGUCUAUUACAAAUCAGUCAGACAGUAGUUUUGACAGUAUUUUAAUCUGAAGGAAGUAUGGUUUGAAGUGACAGAAAUGCAUCAGAAAGGUAUUGGCAAGUUCAGGCAAUAAUUUUGUAUGAUCUUCUGUGAAGAAAAGAACAUCAUCAUUGAUGUUAUUUUCCCCUCCAGUCUGUUCUGAGUCCUGCAUGGCCGGGAGUCUGCACGGCUGGGAGUUCCUGGGAGGUUUAUCUUUCAGUGAUGGGGUCAUAUUUUGUAGCUUAAACUGUUGAAAAGAUAGACACAUUUGUAGUAAGAAAACAGAAACCACUCUGUUUAUUACAACCGCAUCUAGCUGCUACCAGAGUGACAUAACCCUGGUUCUAUGAACCAAGCACGUUUUUUUAGAAUGUUAUUUCAGAGUUUCUCUCGCAAUACCAUUUUCAAAUCAUUCGACCCCUAGUUUGGGAAACGCUGUCCUAGCUCUACAUACUCAACAGUGUAACAGUAACGUAUUCAACAGACUAAAACACAUUUUCUACUAACAAAACAUCACAAUUACAACAUUUAUCAUACAACUUGUGUGUGACAUGCAACACAUAGGGGGUGAAGGGCCUGCAGAGAGCUCAGGAACUCUGUAAAGAUAUCCUGACUGUCCUUGUGGACUCUGCUGACUGGCUGCUACUAUUCAAGUCACCUUGCUCUGGUACAGUAUAUCACUUGCUUAUUUACAGUAGCCCCUAGCUUUGUCCCAUUUUGUGUCUCUGUGAGGUUAUAUUUGGUGUUUUAUAAUAUAUUGUUUUUCCUAUUCAAGAAAAAGGCCUAUACCAGCCUGUGGCCGUGGUAACAUCAGAUGAAUACACAAGACUGAUGCCUUUAGCCUUUUACAGGUAUAUUUACUUGGUGGUCAAACUGUCAAUGUUGUCAUCCAUUUUCUCAUUUAUAUGUGAGUUCUGUAUGUGUGUAUUGUGUUUCCAUGCCAGCCUGGUCCCCCAUCUUAACUCUGAGGUAUUGGCGAAAACAGUGAAGGCCCCAGGGUUCCUCCACACUGCUGUGCUCUGCUACUCCUCCCUUAUCAAGCUCUUUAUGGAUGGCCAGACUCCCUGCCCAGUGACUGAGCACCCGACUGACCAGGUGAGCUUAUUUUGAAAUGCACAAAAGCACAGAUAAUCAUGUUUAUUCAUCAGACUCUGUCACUGUGGUUGACUGGUAUGUGGUCACCAAACUACUGACUGGCAUUUUUCUGAAUCUGCGUUUUGGUCUCACAGAUGGACCCCUCACACAUUCUGACUAGGGCCCAGCAGGUGCUUCUGAAGACCAUAUCUCUGACAUCCCCAACCUCAGUGUCUCAACAUCAGCUGAACCAGGUAACACAUUCGUGCACUGACCACCCAGAGUAAGGCUGAUCUCAGUCUGUAGCCCAUAGAGUAGUACUGGGUUGAAAUCAGAUGGAGAUGACAUCAUGAGACAUUUAUUAGAUUUUCACAAACAUCACACAACUACAGCCUAUGAUUUCUUUCUGGGCUUUACCUUGCAUCAGACUCCGGUUUUUACCAAUGGCUCUCAAAAUCCAAAAGAAUGAUAUACCCUGAUACUUCCUUUUGAACUACACAAUACCCUUCUUGUGACCCUUUCUCUCUCCUGUUCCUAGCUGGAGGCCUUAUGUGUUGACCUGGACCCGGAGGUGGCAGCAGCUCUGGUCUCUCACCUCAGCUCUUUCAGCCUCAGCCCAGAGCUGGACUUCCUGUGA